AUGUCGGCUACCGUGGAUAACUGCUUUCUGCGUGUCCACGAGGAGAUUGGUGACAUCAAGGGAGCCAUGUGUGACCCAACGAAUCUCUUCAUAGCUGUGAGCGCCAGCGGUGAAGCAUACAUCACCAAGGACUCCACAUUCUUACUGCCCUUAAUUCAAGAGGGUAUAGAGAGCCUUUUGCUGUCAUCGGCUGCAAACGGCUCGGUAAGCUUUCUGGGCUGGUUUGUCCCGCCUACUGCCUCGCCAGAGUCAGUAACGUUGCAGACAGAUUCUAUUUUACGACCUGGCAUGUCUGCCAUCUUUAGCGUGCGAAUGGACCUCGGUGAUCUAGAGAGUGUUGCUCACCAGAUAGGUGGAAAGGUUGUCUUGUCUGAUGGGCUAACAAGCCUUUGCACAGAACCCGGAGUUGGGUCUCUCCUUCACUCCAUAAUGUUGGCCAAAUUCCUAGCAAGCUGCAUGUACUGUAGCGUAUGUGGCAAACGUUUAACUAUGCUCGAUACCCGUGGCCUUGCUCAAGAAUGUAAAGCAUGCGCUAAGGAGUAUUUCCUCCCCAUUCGACCCUAUGUGUGUGGGUUGAUAAUUCAUGACAACCGGAUCUUGCUAACACCCAAGAGUGCCACUGAGGCCCUGUGGGGACUGCCCCUGUUUGAGCUGGAAGUUUGCGAAACGCCAUUGAGUGCUUUGCUUGUCAAUCUUUAUGAUGUCACAGCGGUGAAUAUUAGGCAGUACAUGCACUCAGCAGUGGCUCUGGAUAUCACAAUUUCCUCUGUCGAUAUCUCUGGCCUCGUCACUGCCUGGAAAGUCUGUAUAGCUAGAGGGUUUGAGCCGCGCGAUAGCAAGUGCGCAUGCUGGUUUACUAAGGAGCAGUGUACAGAGUUACUGAGCAGCAUGGGGUUAACCGAGAAAUCUAUUGACGGGUUUUUGUUGAGAGAGUGGAUUAAUGGAACUCUUAAUAGUUACGUGGCCAGCAUUCCUCCUCCUUUCGACAACAUUGGAAUGUAA